UUGGAAUUUAAAAGAAGUGAACAUUUAUUUUUUGGUAUUUAAAAUUGGUGAUCCUUUUUUUAUUUUUAGUGAAAGGCAUUUACGGCUCUAUAGUAAAAAAUUUUUCGAAAUGAAUGUUAAUUUCGGAUAUUUUAAAAUUAAGGUUAAGACUUUGGGACCGAUAUUUCUAAUCCUAUACUAUAUUUUGACCCUUCUAAAUUUCCCUUUACGUUCUACAAAUUUAUUUUGUGAUAAGUCGUAAGUGUCUUUUCCCCUUGCUUAUUUUUCUCCUCUUUUUAAAUAAAUUUUUUCUUUUUAAUUUAUUUUUUUAAAUUAUUUCUAUGUCUUUAAAUUGACAUUAAAUCUAUUUUUUUUUAUUUAAAAAUUUCUUUUCUUUAUAAUAUUCUUUUAGUUAAUUUUAAAAAAUGCCUGCAAUCCCCCGUGUUGAUCGAAUUAAAAAUAUUUAUUCGGCUGCGAAAGCUUUAAAUUUUGGUUUUCGUUUGUCUGCUACAAAUCCACAGGCUGUUCUUUUUGAUGGAAUUUCUGGCCAUUUUCCGCAGCUUCAACGUGUUACUAUUCGUUUUUGGAUGAAUAAGUUAAUGCAAGAUUGUCGAUUAGGAGAAUGGGUGUAUUGGUCAAGUGGUGUAUUGGUUAGGGUGCUUGGUUUUUCCUUACGAAGGGUUGUGGGGACUCCCACAACUUGUAUUGUUUUUUCUUUUUGUCUAAAAUUUAUCCUUAUCAUUGAACCAAGCGCCGGUCUUCGCAAUUAUAUAGAACAUUCACUUACCAAAUUUGCUUCAGAAAAUCCUUAUUGUUCAAUUUAUAUACUUCCCGUGCGAAAUACUACUCCAUCAAUUCGAGCGGAAUAUUCAAAUGGAAGAGAAGUUCAGUUAGACGCUAGGGAUUUUAGUAUGGAACAUACUUCUCUUUAUAUGAACUAUUUGAGGACAAGAAGUGGAUUGCCAAUUUAUAAAUUUGAAAACCCUCAAUUUUCCCCAACAAAAUCAAUCCAAGGAAUGUGGUCGCCAACAACAUGGCAAAAUACUGCCCAAAAUCUUUAUAGCUGUGGAGCUUUGCCUCAACAAGAAUUCUCUACACAUCUUGAAAAAUCGAAGGGAGCAACAGAAACUUUACAACAAAUGACGACAAAAGAAGUAUAG